AUGAGAGGUAUGGCGAAAUCAACACACCGAUCGAUGGAUUAUCCCAGCAAUGACCUGUUCAUGUAUACGUCUGGAAGAUGGCUGUACUUUUCGAAAGCUGAUAGAUUCAGUUACAAUGAGCAAAUUCGCUUGUCGGAACGCUAUCUCAAAUUCGACGUAUCCGCGUUAAAGAAUGUUGCUGCCCUUGCUUCUGGCUGUGACCCAUCGGAAGUCACCACCUUCUCCAAGUUAUCAGAAGGCGGAUUCAACCGCAUUUUCCAAAUCACUUUCCAAAAUGGCAGGUGUGUUAUCGCAAGAUUGCCAUAUCCUUUAACGGUACCCAAGUACUACGCUGUGGCCAGCGAGGUAGCAACUUUGGACUAUCUCCGGCUGCAUGGGAUUCGUACACCCAGGGUAUACGCUUGGUGCUCGACAGAAUCGAAUCCAGUUGGAGCCGAGUAUAUAAUCAUGGAGAAGCUGGAUGGGACCCCUCUCGGUGAGAUAUGGUAUUCGAUGACACAAAAUGAGCGGCGAAGCAUCAUGAAACAAAUUAUCGAGUGGGAGACACGACUGACGUCGCUAAAGUUUCCUGCUUAUGGAAGUUUAUACUACCGCAAAGAUCUUCCUUCAGAGGAAAAUGUCCCUCUGCCGAAGGUGAAUGAGCAAGAUGCUGGGUUCUACAUGGGACCUAUAACGCAUUACAAGUGGUGGCUUGGUGAAAGGAGCACCCUGAAAAUCGAUCGAGGGCCGUGGCUGUCUUCUACGGAUAUCUUUUGGGCUCGCCUUUAUAGAGAGAUCUAUAACUAUCGCAAAGUUUCCCCAGAUACUCAUAUUGGGAAUCUUUCUGAUUACGUAAAAUUUGCGCCUUUCCUCGGAUUUAAGGCUGGAACAACAAUGCAUCGGCCGGUUAUACGGCACCCGGUUUUCCAGCCAAAUAACAUUCUCGUGUCAAAUUCACAUGAGAUUGUUGGUUUGAUUGAUUGGCAGCAUUGCUCUAUUCUCCCUCUCGGUCUUGCAGCUGGCAUACCGAAGCACUUCCAGAACUACGGUGACCCUGACUCGGAAGAACUAAAAGAGCCCCAGCUCUCGCCUAACUUUGACUCCCUGCUUCAGUCUGAACAAGCAUCUAUGCGCGAGAUUUAUCGAAAAAGAAUGAUUCAUUUUCUCUACGCCACGUUUACCAGGCAACUGAAUGAAGAACACUAUAAUGCAAUAUUUGAUUGCUUGAACAUUAUACGUCAACGAAUUUUGGAGAGUGCAGGCACUUCCUGGGAAGGAGAUUCGACCACUCUGCGGAUUGAUAUUAUGUGUGUCAUACAAAGCUGGCCAGGAUUUUUCUCCGAUUUUGUAGCCUGCUUACCUCCAGUGCAAUACUCAGACAAGGACGUCCGAGAUACUCUUGAAUUAUACACGGAGCAACACGAUGCAGAUGAAGCAAUGGAGCACAUGCGACGUGCUUUAAAUGCGGAUGUGCUAGGUUGGGUUCCGAACAGUGAAUAUGAUGCUGCAAGACAAUUGGCGCAAGAGAUGAAAGACAAAAUUCUUGAAAUGGUUGAGACUGAUCAUGAUAUCAUUGCAGCCCGUGACAACUUCCCAUUUGAUGACUUCGAUGAGGAUGCCUGA